AUGUCGGCGUUUGGCUCAGUUCCAUCGCUCCGAAGCACCGCCGCCAGGCGCGUGUGUGCUUCGUCUUGCUCUACCUCCGCCGCUUGCUUGCCCAGGACGACGACGAUAGCAAACCGAUUGCCCCGCUCGGCGACAGCGCCGAAACAAUGGGCCCGCGGGGUGGCCACGAACCGGUCCGUCGGGACUAUGGCUCUCGGCAAUGACACGCAGCAGAAGUUGCUCGCUAGCCAUCUCCAACAAGCCGAUCCCAUCAUGUACGAUAUCAUCGAAAAGGAGAAAAUCAGGCAAAAGCAGUUCAUCAACCUUAUUCCGUCCGAGAACUUCACCUCGCAGGCCGUUUUAGAUGCGCUUGGGAGUCCGAUGCAGAACAAAUACUCGGAAGGAUAUCCUGGAGCGAGAUACUAUGGUGGCAAUGAGUUCAUCGAUGCGUCCGAGAGACUAUGCCAGCAGCGGGCGCUUGAGACCUUCGGCUUGGAGGCGAAAGAGUGGGGUGUGAAUGUUCAGGCCCUCUCCGGUGCUCCCGCCAACCUGUACGUCUACUCGGCCCUCCUUGAAACACACGACCGUCUCAUGGGUCUCGACCUUCCCCACGGAGGCCACCUGUCCCACGGAUACCAAACGCCCACGAAAAAGAUCUCGUUCAUCUCCAAGUACUUUGAGACCCUCCCGUACCGCCUCGAUGAGUCGACUGGAUACAUCGACUACGACAAGCUCGAGGAAUCGGCCACCCUCUACCGUCCCAAGAUCAUCGUCGCCGGUGCCUCGGCUUACAGCCGGCUGAUCGACUACGCCCGCAUGCGCGAGAUCUGCAACAAGGUCAACGCCUACCUCCUUGUCGACAUGGCGCAUAUUUCCGGUCUCGUCGCGGCCAAGGUCAUGCCGGGCCCCUUCGCCCACGCUGAUAUCGUUACCACCACAAGCCACAAGUCACUUCGUGGCCCCCGCGGCGCCCUCAUCUUCUUCCGCCGCGGUGUGCGCCGCACCCAUCCCAAGACGGGCGCCGAAGAACUCUACAACCUCGAGAACCCCAUCAACGCCUCCGUCUUCCCUGGACACCAAGGCGGGCCGCACAACCACACAAUCGCUGCCCUCUCCGUCGCCCUUAAGCAGGCGCAGACGCCUGAAUUCCGCACCUACCAAUCCCAGGUUCUCUCCAACUCCCAGGCCCUGGCCCGCCGACUAGGCGAACCGAAGGAGAAGGGUGGGCUCGGCUACCGGCUCGUCAGCGGCGGCACCGACAACCACCUUGUCCUCGUCGACCUCAAGCCACAGGGUGUCGACGGUGGACGCGUCGAACGCGUGCUCGAACUUGUCGGCGUCGCCGCCAACAAGAACACCGUCCCCGGCGACCGCUCCGCCCUAACCCCCGGUGGCCUACGCAUGGGCACUCCAGCCAUGACGACGCGCGGCUUCAGCGAGAACGAUUUUGAGCGUGUUGCGGAUAUCGUCGACCGGGCCGUGACGAUUGCCGCACGUGUUGAUAAGGCGGCGCGGAAAGCGGCCGAAGAGAAGGGCGAGGCGAAGACAGCGGGUCGGCUCAAGACUUUCUUAGAGUAUCUUGGAAAUGGCGAGACGGACACGGAGAUUGUGCAACUGCGGAGUGAAGUUGCGGACUGGGUCGGUACCUACCCGCUGCCGUGGGAUACGAAAGCGUAA